AGGAGGACUGAGGGAGAGAGAGAGAGAGAGGGAGAGAGAGAGUGCAAACAAUGUCAUUCUGUUCAGGAGGCAAUGCUGCAGUCAACUUUGCCGCGCCAUGAAAGCACAUCACCAGCGACCAAGAGGCUCAGAGUGCAGAGAAGUUUUCCUCCUCUCCUCAUGGCGUGUGAUGCGGUCCGAGACUCAUCCGUAGGAGCAGGCUCAUACACCAGGUCUGGCUGUUGGUGGCGUGUUGGAACAUGCCUUGACUUGUUGCGCUGACUGAGUGAGGCAGAGACGGCUUCAGAGAGAGGGAGGGAGAGAGAGAGAGAGAAGACACUCUUGGUCAACAGUUUGCCAGAGUGAAGUGCCCCACAGACUUGGGAGAGCCCUGCAGCACCAAUGGACAGACUCCUGUUGAUAUCAACACUCGCCGGGGCCGAGCGUGAAUGGAGGAGCGCCACUCCUGCCUCGCUGCUUGAGCUCCACCACCCCCGGGGGGCUUUCAGUGUGAGGCCUUCCAACAACCAUCGCCAUGAAGCUGGGCAUGAAAGGUGUGAGAGUCCGGAGUGCCAGACUGGUGGCAAGGUGGGAAGUGCACGGCAAAGACCGGUCGGGAUCGUGCCGGGGGGGGGAGAGAGGCAGGCGGAGGGACGGAUCUGUCGGACGCGGGUGCUGUGGGUGUUUCUCUGGCAGUGUCUUAGCUGGUUGUUGUGAGGAGUGAGAACGAAGCAAUCAGCAAGUAUACUGCCGCAGAAAUUCUUCGCAAUAAGAGGCCCUGGGAAUCGCAGCCAACACGGGGAGGAAAACGAGAGGAAGGAAAAACAACAAAUCAGCAUUGCAACAAACAAGGAUGCUGCUGCUACUGUAAGUUUUUACAUGUGUGCUCACACUGUAGAGAUUAACCAGAGCUGAGGAGCUGAUACAGAAUGAACUGAUGAUAGAUCAGCUGAGAGCAUGGCCUUUGUGUGUACAGCCUCUACAAUAUUUACAAUUGGAUCAAAGCAUCCAGCUUCUACUCUUUCUUUUGUACUUUUAUGACGCUCUGCUGCCAUCUUGUGACUGAAAGCGAUCUCCCAGCAUGCUUUUGUUCAUCAAACACCACAGCAAUUUGUAAAACCUACAUUGUAUACAUUUUUUUUCCAUUGAGACUGAAUUUUUUUCAUCAUGAAUUAAAACUGUAAAAAAUUUAAUAAAGAGAGCAAAUAAAAGUUACUUAAGGACUGAUUCGUUCAUUUGCUUUGUUUGUUUUCUCAGUACACAUGCGUUUUGUAAUAAUGGAGUCUGGAGAAAACUUGUGUUGUACCACUUUGCGCUGUGUAAAACCUUUGUGAGACCCUUGAAAAAAUGACGUUGCUAUGCAAACACAGUACACCUAAUGAGUGCUGAUGAGCCAGAAUGGCCUGGAUACCAGGUGCACACACUAAUUCAGGUUUUCAUAUACACACACACACACACACACACACACACACACACACAGACACGCACAGAGCAAACGCAGAUACAGCUGAAUGUAUGGUGUGCUCCUGAUUUAAGAUCCCAAAAAAAAAAAAAAACGUAUAUUCUCGACACAAUCUUUUGUUGAUUUAUUGUUAACACUUGACGUAAUCGUGUAUUGUAAAACUGAAUGUUGGUGAUGGAUGAUUCGGACGGUAAAUGCAGAUGUGUCUGCAGCAGGCUGCUGGAAAACGACCAGCGUGCCACUGCAUUGCUGUAAACACAAAAAAAGGGGUUGCAGUUUUUCUGAGCUGCAGCAAUGCAGAAGCGGUAAAGUCCUGCUCUCACACAAGGUCACCGCUUCAUGGCUUUAAAUCUUCCUACUCCUCAGCUCCUUGGUAAACCAAACAAUCACAAAGACACCGAGGAAUUAACAGCAACUCUACACAAAGCACGGCAGACGAUCCUCAUUACUCAAAAAUGUCACAACAAUUAAAUACUUUAUCACGGCCUGUGGGCCCAACGAACUGAUUGAUAACGAGAAAAUGUACUUUGAUGCAAAAUGUAACCAUCAGCUGAAAUUUUUAAUUAAAUGUGUGUUUUCCAUUUAAUAAUGGCUUUAUUAGAGUGCUGAGGGUGACUAUCUCAGUCCUACAAUGGAGAGCUCACAUGUUGGCUGGGUGAUGCAGUGUGUUACUGUGACCUGCUUUUUAAAAUUGAAAUAUGUGCUAGUGUUUUCCAACUGUUCGAAUCUGAUGUUUCAUGUGAGCUGGGGAAUAUAAUAAGUUCAGUUGAACACCUUAAUGUUAAUAAUACUUUAAAAUUACUUAGUGCUGAAUGAUAAGUCAAUUAAUUCAGGUUCAACUGGCAACCAUUUAAUAGUUGAUAAACCAUAAUUAAGCUUCCAGAUCACAAACUGGAGGAUUUGCCACUUUCUCUGAUUUAUAGUGGAUUUUACACCUUGGGAUCUGGAGUACUGGUUGGACAAAACAAGCAGAUUUGACCUUUGGCUCUGAGAAAUAUUAAAGGCUGCCUUUCGCUUUUUUGUGACGUUUUAUUGACCAAACAAUUAUUCAACUAAUCAUAAAGAAUUAAUUUUUUAUAUUAAUUAUUGAAAUAUGUUAGUUGCAGUCUUAAUGAUAUUUUGGUGAUUUACAGCAUUACAGCUGUCGCUACAUUUUGAGAUCCUUGUGUCAAAUGCACUUUGUGCUCAUUUAUUACCCUGUCUUACUUUAAAGCUUGUAUGUACUCUCUGAUUCUCUUUGUGUUGUGAUGAUUUUUAACCCUUGUUGUUAUUUCUUUUACUUUUCUAUUUGAUAAUCUUGCAUUUUGUAAAGUACUUUAUUACCCUGUACAUAAACUGUAUUGUUAUUAUUUCUAUUGCCAAGAUUGAGAAAGGAAUGGGUCACCUUUUAUUAAAAUAUAAUAAUAAUAAUAAACAUCAGAUGUAUUGUAUACUUCCCUGCUAAAUGUCCAUGCUUGAAAUGAGAGGUGACAUAACAGGGUCAUUUCUUAUAUACACACCAUGUCUGGAAUGGGAAAGUUUUUUUAACAUGAUGUCAUCUGUUCCUAUUUGACAAGCUCUAAUGCAACAGCUUCACUAAGGUCACACCAGUAAACAUCAUUAGAGCCAAGAAUAGUCCCAUAUGAGUCUCUCCUACCAGCUGACUGUGACUUCUGCUUUGGGUUCCGGGUUGUCACGGGGAGGGAGGGGUUAAAUCCGGAGAGAAAACUUUUGUUUGGCCGCCUUAAAGCAGAGAAGUGAGUUUAAGUCAUAAGGCUGGACCCGAAUUUUUCAGUGUCGCCUGUUUUUUUGGGGAAACAGCGCGGACACCCCGCGGUAGGCUAAUAUUAACAUGUGCAACAACAGCGUGGUGGACUAGUCUGUUGGCAAACACCGUAGCACGUUUGACACGAGAUGAUCUUAUCGAUGAGCUGACAAAGGUUCUUCUAAUCACAGCAAACGAUGGCGAGCGGAAAUCACACGGUUGUUUACUUGUCUGAGCAGGUGGUCGUCUUGUUUUCGUGCGCGCUCUCGUUUGUGGGCUCGUCCCUGAUCAUCCUCACCUACAUUAUCUGGUCCGACUUGAGGACCACUCCGAGGAGACUCCUGGUCUACCUCUCGGUGUCGGACUGGCUCUCCGCCGUCUCCUACGCCUUCGGAGUCUGGAGCGUUUUCCAGACCGACUCGGUGGACUGCAUCGUUCAAGGGGCAGUAUCCACCUUCGCGAACACCAGCUCUUUCUUCUGGACCGUGGCCAUAGCCAUUUACCUGUACGUUUUCAUCGUGAGGUCCAGUCAGAGAGUCGCCGACAGCCUGGAGCUGAUUUUCCACCUGGUCAGCUGGGGUGUUCCUCUGAUCAUCACUGUUGCAGCCGUGUCCCUAAACAAGAUUGGCUACGACGCAUCAGAGGUGUCCGUGGGCUGGUGCUGGGUCAGGAUCCACACUCCUGACCGGGUCCUGUGGAUGCUGCUGACCGGAAAGAUCUGGGAGUUCCUGGCUUACCUCACCCUGCCCGUCCUCUACAUCCUGAUCAAGAGGCACAUCCACAUCGCGCAUGCUGCCCUGUCCGAGUACCGUCCCAUUUUGGCCCACAGGCCUCCGGCCCACUCCUUCUCCUCCAUGGCUGAUAGGAAGCUAACACUUAUUCCUGUCAUCUUUAUCGUCCUGCGCAUUUGGAGCACAGUGCGCUUCAUACUGCUGCUAGCGGGCUCUCCAGCCAGACAGAGCCCAGUGCUGGUCACCCUGCAUGGAAUUGGCAACACCUCGCAGGGAGCAGCCAACUGCAUCAUGUUUGUGUUGUUCACUCAGCCGCUCCGCUCACGCCUGUGCACCACGCUCUGCUGCUGCUGCUCCAAGUGCCGAGCAGAGGUGCAGCACUCGCACGACACCCGUCGCAGGCUGCUGCCGGGACAGGACGCGUCCACACUGAGAGAGGAAGACAGCACCAGCCGAGCCGGGACCGACAGAUGAUACUUGAGAGAAGGGAGACAAAGGCUGACAUUAAGGGAGCGAUGGUGGUUCGGCCUCUCGAGUGCUGGUGCAUGCUCAUGUUUGUCACAGGAAAAGUCACAUGCCUGCACUUUGGGCGAUGAGGAUGAUGCCGCCUGAUUGUACGCCAGCAUUUGGUCAAGCAUUUUGAAUGUGACAUAAACUGCACAUACAGAUCAAUUUUGUACUGUGGUUUUAUAGAUGUGCUGUAUAUGAAACCUUUGAAGUGCCAUUUCACUUUAAGUUGAUCUUUGUACAUGGUCACAUGGUCACAUGGUCACAUGGCCAAACACAGCUGCAGUUCUGUUCAUGUUUUUACAGUCAAGUAACAUAUUUAAAAUGUGUUUUGAUUUUUAGAAAGAUUAUCACUUUAAUAUAUUCUGCUAUUUAACUUUAAAAAAUUUUCAGUGUAUAUCCAAUAUGACUUUGGGUGUGUUUAUAAGUUUUGCAAGGAACCUGCUUCUAUCUGACCAUCUCUUGAAAUAUAGUCAAUCAAAAGAUGACAUGGGCACAGUUUUCUGUCUGUUCAGUUCACUUAAAUACAUACACCAGAGUUGCAUUAAAAUAUACAACAUUCUAGUAGAA